ACAGAGGAGUAUAGAGUGCAGUGAUGUGUCCUAUAAGGAGCAUUGGUGGCAAAUAUGAUGGCCAAAUGGUAAAGAAAGUCAGUUUGCCCGUCAUUACUUCCUCCUUCAAGCGAGUCAUUUCUAAAAGUGCACUUUCCCAUUUUGUUUUCUAGUUUUUCAUAGUCCAGGAAGUUGAAGUUUCCAUUAACGUUACUCACUCAUUCGAAAUAGUACCAACUUGGAGAGAAGAAAACCCCGCAGUUAGGAGAUAACAUCAGUCCGCUUUUUUCUACUGAAUUUAACUUAGCUAUAAAGUUGUCUUCGUUGAGUUCUGCAACAUUGCAAAGGAGAAUACAUCAGUUAUAAUUAGUUGGUAAGCUAUACAUUCAAGUUAGUUAUGGCUGAUACGGAGGCCGAUGUCGAUGCGGGCUGCUUGGAACAGCUGAAGGGGUACGUGGUGACCCAAAAAGGGACUAUUCUCGCCGCAGAAAUACUCAUCAGUAUUAUCAUCAUAAUCUGCUAUGCUGCAUCAUUGUAUGGAGGUUUUUUUGGAGUGGCCAUCUGUGAGAUGGUCUCUGCCAUCUUAUUUUUUGUCGUCUUCAUGAUGGAAAUGGACAAGUCCAUCAAGGUGGUCAACUGGGUCUGGAGUGAUCUUUUCCGUGCUACUACUGGUGCAGCCGUGUACCUCAUUACCUCUCUAAUCUGUUUGAUUCAUGGAACUGGGGAUGGUGCCCGUAUUGCAGGAGUGUUGUUUGGCCUGCUGGCUGCGAUCCUGUUUGCCUAUGAUGUCUACACCAUCUUCCUGGUCAUCAAGAGCAACAGGCAGUAAACAGCAUCGCCCACUGACUAAAAAGUUUAAGCACGAAGCUAUACCCCAACUUAGCCAAUGAAAGAAAAUGAGUUGACAAUGAAGAGAGAAAGAAGUGGAGCAGGUUGGAAGGAAGUUUGAUGCUCAAAUGAAGAGAUUAAUAGCAGAAAUUAACCAAUGUUAGGGUCAGAAGAGAGAAACAUCUACAGUACAUCUAUGGCUGACACAGAGAGGAUAAUGUUGUACUGCACUGAGAUCUGUAUGUUCAAAAGAACCAUGUAAAUUCCAGGAGGGAUUCCCUUGACUACCACUAUUCCAGUCUCGGUGUACAAUUCUACCGUCCCAUUGCUCAAUAUUUAGUAUUGUGAAAAAGGGAAAGCUUUGGUCAGUUUUCACACUAGUACAUCAUUUGUUUUCUGAUCUAAUGAACUAAUGUGUAAAAAUAUGUUUCUGUUGAAUUACAUCCACUGCUGAAGUUUUGGUUUGUAUUAGAAAUUUGAUUGUAGCAUUACAUUUAUAGAGGUGCUCAGAUUAAUAAAACAUAAUAAUGUAACAUCAA